AUGGGACGCAAGAAGGCGGGCAUCGAUGACCUCUUCAUUCUUACUGCUACAGUCUUUGCCGUUGGCCUUUCUGUCACCGUCCUCAUUCUUGCAUCCGACGGUCUCGGUGUUUCCGGCGUACUUACUCUCAGGCGAGCGGAUGCGAUUCAGAAAGGAUACUACGCAUCAAACUUCCUCUACAUAUUGACCAUCGGCUUCGCAAAGCUUUCUCUUAUCUCCUUCUUCUACAGUGUCCAUCAUCAGCGAGCACAGCGAAGGGCUGUUUUGGCCAUCGGCUUCUUCAUACUUGCGUGGACACUUGCCUCCCUCGCUGCCAUUGCAUUCCAAUGCGGUCUUCCUAAACCCUGGGAGAUCUUCACGUUGCACUGCUACAAUACCGUAAGUCGAACAAUGCUCGAGUGA